CUUUUCUCUAACUGUUCGCUCCUCCUUGCGGAGGCGGACCCUCGCGCGUAUAAAGGGCUGGUGUUGCGCGGCAAGCAGGGAAAAUAGAACCCGGCUUCUGCCCGGCAGGAGCUGGCCAACCUCAGCUGCUCCACGCUCCGGAGAGAGGAGCAGAGCCGUCCAGGCUUUCCUAGAAAGAGGAGCCGCCAGCAUCGCCCAGCAGAAUCGCGCGACUCUUUUCGCCUGCUUCACCUCGCAGAAGACCCAACAGACUGGAUACCGAUUUCUUGACUCAGAUCCUACCUAAACAGCACUUACUUGAACAGAAAGCCUUUGGGACUCCGGAGGGACUUCCUUCUGCAGAAGCAUCCCAGGAAAGCUUGCCCCGACGGUUGUCUAGGCACUCCUUAGGAAGAAGAGACAGGUUUGCCUUUGAGCGCAUCGUCCUGUCCCUGUCCGUCUGGGGGUGCGGGAAGGCGCAGAAGUCUGGGCACCCGGAGACAGCCCCGAUCCUUCGACGGGCGAGGCUAUGUCUUUCAGCUGGACGGGGCUGGGCAGCAGCGCGUCUGCCUGGGGCAACCUGACAGCGGAGGGCAACGGCAGCGGCGAGGCGGACCCGGCUCCUGGCCAGGCGUCAGAGCGGCUGCCCUCGUCGCAGCAAGCCCGGGCUCUCUUCAUCAUCCGCUGCGUGGUGCCCUCGCUGUACCUGCUGAUCAUGGCGGUGGGCUUGCUGGGCAACGCCACCCUGCUGAAGAUCUUCGUGGGCAGGAGCGCCGUGCGCAGCGUGCCCAACAUCUUCAUCUCCAGCUUGGCCGCCGGCGACCUGCUGCUGCUUCUCACCUGCGUGCCCGUCGACGCCUCGCGCUUCUUCCUCGAGGACUGGCUCUUCGGCGAGGUGGGCUGCAAGCUGCUGCCGGCCAUCCAGCUCACCUCGGUGGGCGUCUCCGUCUUCACGCUCACUGCCCUCAGCGCCGACAGGUACAAAGCAAUUGUCAAUCCAAUGGACAUUCAGGCACCCAACGCAGUCCUGUGGACCUGUAUCAAAGCUAUUGCCAUCUGGAUAAUAUCCAUUCUGCUAGCAGUUCCUGAAGCCGUAUUCUCUGAAGUAGCAAACAUCAACGACGCGGAUAACGUCAGUUUCACAGAAUGCAUACGGUAUCCCUUGAAGGAUGAUUUGCACCCAAGGAUCCAUUCAGUGGUGAUACUUUUGGUAUACCUCCUUAUCCCGCUCACCAUCAUUAGUGUUUACUAUUACCAUAUUGCAAGGACUUUAAUUAAGAGUGCACAUAAUCUGCCUGGAGAAAACAGUGCACAAUCUAAAAGACAGAUGGAAACACGAAAGCGCCUGGCCAAAAUUGUGCUGGUCUUCGUUGGGCUUUUUGCAGUAUGCUGGUUGCCUACCCAUGUCCUAUACAUGUACCGGUCCUUUAACUACAUGAAGAUCGACCCAUCACUUGGCCAUAUGGUUGUUACGCUGGUAGCCCGAGUGCUCAGCUUCUGCAAUUCUUGCGUAAACCCAUUUGCCCUCUACUUCCUCAGCGAGAGCUUCAGGCGGCAUUUCAACAGUCAGCUUUGCUGUCGCAUGAUGCCUCGUCCACAGAGAUCUGCCAGCUACCUGCACAGUUCCUCGGCCAUUCGAAUGACUUCAAUGGAGAAUGCCAGGAACACUGUUACCAUGACAACACUACUGAAUGGACACAACCCAAAACAAGAUAUAGCAUUGUGAUUUAACCAGCGCAAUGAAUGAGCUUUGAAUGAGCUGGGUUUAAGCUAUAUAUUUUUGUUGCCAAUCAAAAUUCCUUAAAACAGAAAAUUGAUGAGCAGUCCCUGAUCUAGGGGUGAUUCUUUUAAAAUUUAUCUUCAUGUUGGUUUUGUAGGAAUUAGGAAUAUUAUUCCUCACUUAAAAAGGUAUUUGGUUGGUUGGAAUUGCUGAACAUAAAAUAAGAAAAACGCACACUAUAAAAAGAAACAUGCAUGAUAGGUUGUUUUUUAAGAAAGGAAGAAGUAUUGACUUACUUAAAUGAUAACUUGAAGGUGGAGAUGCUUUGGAAACUGUGGCUGGGUUUAAUAUCUUCUCACAAAAGAUUAUCCUCUCAAUCCAGAAAAUAAGAUAUGUAUACUCUGUUAAUGUGCAUGUAUAUCAAUUUGUAGCUUCACAUAGCUAUGCUUCUCCAGUCACCAUUGAACUUAAUACACAUAUCUAAUGAGGAUGGGAAAAUACAUCCUGAUUCAGGUCACAAGCCAUGUAGAACAAAGCAGGAUUAGAGAUGGAUCAGUGCCUAUAUAUACAAACGGGACAGCUACAUAUUAUGCACGGUUAGGUUAGGUAGCACUGAUAAAUUAGGAACAUGCCCUAGGAUUAUUGGCUCUUGAUUCUUCUGCCUAUGGGGCACAGUGUUAACCAACUGCAAACUGUCAUCAUAAAGGCUAAUUCUUCUCACCCACUGCGCAUGCUAAGAUUUUAGGUGUAUCCAACAGGCAUUGCAGUGGACAACAGGUGAAGAAGUUUGAUCAUUUUACCAGAAGGCUAGAUUGCCUGACGGCUACAAUGAGCUGUGCAAGCUUUUUAUAACACCUCAGCUUACAAAAAAUCCACACCACUCAUUAUUUCACUUUGCUUCAUUUCUCUGGCUUGCCAGCUCCUUGUCCUUCCAACCUCAUCUGAUACCAUCACACGUUUUAUUUGUUUUACUGCAUUAUGUUUUGCACCAGAGAGCAGUGAACAUCUGUGGUCAUUUAACAAUGAACGAAUGAAUAAAUGGAUGGUUGUAAAUAAUUCAUUGAGAACAAUGCUGUUAAGUGUACCUAACUCUGACAGACAGGCUCCUCUGUUGCGACGCAGGUCAUUUCAUACGUGCGUCAUUUUCCAGAAAGUCUAUGGCUCUUUUUAAGGCCUUAAAAAUUUAAAUGCCUCUUUCUCUGUGUUCCAUUUUAAGCAAUGUCAAAUCCCGCCUUGGUGUUCCUCCCCAUCUCUUAGAUGAGUAGUCCCAUAUGCUGUUGGUCAGAAAGGAUUGUGGCAUGCAACCAUUCUUAGCGUGCUGAAACUAUCAGGCAUCCUCAGAAAGUCUCUUCUUCUCAAAGACACUUGGUGGACUCAGCACACCAAUUGAAAUUAGAGCUCUUCUCACCACAGGAUCCCAUCUAUAGCAAUGUUUUGCAAUAUCUCCAGUGGACAAUAUUGCACAAUGUCCCGGCCAAAAGCAGCCUUUGUGCUAAGGCAAUUUAUCUCACCUCUCAGCCCUAAAUCCAUCCAUCUCACUUUUUAGGGCUUGCUAAGUCCUCCUGGCCCUCUGAAUCUGCCCCGCUACCUUUCUCUCUUCACUAUCUUGUCAGAUUCCUCUGCAUUUAUGCCACCUCUUCUGGUAGCCUCUGUCUCACUAGCAACUCCAUUGAUCUCGACUCCUUUCCCUCUAACCUCCACUCAGCACAAGGGGCUGGAAUCAGUAGGGGGAUGCAGUGUUGGGGUGGGACUGCUGGAGGGGCAUGGCAUCAAUGGAGGGAUGGAGCCGGUGGAGGAGCAUGGCAUCAGUGUGGGCCUAGCAACACCCCAGUUCAUUUUCUACUCACAAAGCCCCUUUAUGUGUAUAAAACAUACAGAGGAUUUCAGUUGUAAACAGCAGCAUUUUUUAGGUCAAUAACACGUGUCAUUUCAGUUUUGGGAUGUUGCCAAACAUUUUUGACCAGAGUGUUCCUUGGUGAAAGCAGCAUCUUUAAUAGGAAAGAAUGGCCAGCUUUAAUGAUUGGCAUUUAUUACCAGCCCCUCUCUUCUUUCAUUUUCUGUGGCCUGAGCAGCAUGAGCAAAGUUCUUCCCAUGGAUGGAUGGAGCAUGAGCUAAACGGGUGCAAAGUAUGAUGAGAGUAGAAGAGACUGAAAAGGUGUGACCCUCAGAUCUUGGCAGAAGACAAAAACACAACAGCAACCAACAUUGUCACAGCUGUGCGUUCAUAGCUCCUUGUGGACAGGAAAUGAGCACAUCUUGACUGCAUUGAACUGCAAACAUCUUGUCCCAAGUUCAAUGUGAGCAAAAUAAAUGGGUUUUCCAUGCUGCGUGACAUCUGUGAAUUGUCAUUGCCCUGAAGUUCUAUGGAAAGUUUUUAAUUGUUGUGUUGGUAUAAAAUGGUGUCUUGUCUUUCCCCAUCACUGUAGCUUGUGGUUCAGUAAAGUUUGUCAAUGUUCAGAUUUAUAUGUGAGCUGACUCUAUAUACUAAUAAUAAUAAAUUAAGCAUGGACGGAC